AAUACCCAAACUAUUCCCUCAAUAAUUAAGUUUAACUCGACACGUAAUGGGGCGUGACACCUUCAUAUUCAUUAUUUCGGCCGUUCGUAGUGCUACAUAAUUAAUCAAAUUACUCGACACGCCCACUUAAUAAGUUUAUAAAUGCCCAGCUCAAGCAGUUAGUUGGUAAUUAGUCAAGAUGUAUUCGGAACUGGAAGUGAAGGCUCUGGAGCAGCACAACUAUCAUCGGAUUAGAGAGAUGAUACGCGUCACAUACACAAUGGGCUACAACAUAAUGAAGCCUGGUCCUUGGGACUUCGUCUUAAAGCUGUCUGUUGCCAAAUCUACAUUCAAUUUGUCUCUCUUGCUUAUAGAUCGUCUUCUCUGUUGCGUUUUUGCAGCUGGAGCCUGCUGCAGCAUUAGCACAAUUUUCCAGUCCCUGAUGUCCAUUAUGAAGAUGGUUUACUAUCUGGUGGCUCCUAGUAAAUUCUACUUGCAGCUUCGUCUCGCCUGCCGACACGAGCUGCUGCAAAAAUGCGAGCUAUUCGCAGCUGUCGCGGAUCUUCCUAUUGCGCAGCCAUUGAAGCAGCGUGUGACUGACAUCAUGAAUCAGAGUUGGAUCAGCACGCGCCGGCAAUUGAUGUUCUACCUGUUUAGCUGCAUUGGCAUCCUGGUGAAUUACUUUUUCAAUGCGCUAGUCGUCAACAUAUAUAACGCCCUAAAUGCAUCCGACAACAACUUUGAAGUGGCGCUACCUUUGCCGUCGUUCUAUCCCAACUGGAUGGACAAGGGCAUGUCCUUUCCUUACUAUUAUCUGCCUCUGGUCCUUGAAAGCUGCAACCUCUACAUUUGCGGCAUGGGUGCCGUUAGCUUUGACGUGCUCUUCAUUGUGCUCUGCAUGCAUGGCGUGGGCCUCAUGCAGUCGCUCACCCAUAUGAUUGAGUACGCCACCUCACCACUAAUCCCACAGGAACGUCGAGUGCCCUAUCUGCGGCACUGCAUCUAUCAAUAUCAGCGUGUCGAAGCCUUUGCAUUAGAGCUCAACGACACCUUUAGGCAAAUUAUCAUUAUCCAGUUUAUACUCAGCCUCUUCUGUUGGGGCUUGGUGCUUUUUCAAAUCAGCAUUGGAAUUGCCUCAAGCCUAACCAUAGCGCUACGCAUGCUGAUGUAUCUCGCGGCCGGUGGCUAUCAAAUUGUCAUCUACUGCUACAAUGGUCAGCGCUUCACGACAGCUAGCGAGCGCAUUCCAAUGGCCUUCUAUCAGUGUACUUGGUACGAGGAAUGCCGUGAAUUUCGACAACUCACCAGGAUGAUGAUAAUGCGCACGAAUCGGUGCUUCAGUCUGGAUGUAUCCUGGUUUAGCAAAAUGUCACUGCCCACCCUGAUGUCGAUGAUACGCGCCAGCGGGCAGUACACAGUGCUAUUACAGAACAUAAUGCAGAAAAAAUAA